AUGGCACAAAAUUACAAUUAUAUUUCAAAUUAUACAAAAUAAGAUGAAAUCCAGGACAUCAAGGACAUUAUACUUUGUGGAAUAUGCUUUCAAGUUUUAUUUGUUCUCAAUGUAUUUCGUGGUGUGCUAAAGCCAUCUAUAGCUGUCCAUAUUGCCAUUCUUUCAAUUCUCAAUUCGCAUAGAGAGAUUGGUAUGAGAAAUGACGAAAGUAGAAUAGCAAAUUUAGAGGAGAAUCAAAGAUACCAUGAACUGUUCUAAUGCAUUUCUUUUUCAAUGACUGCUUAGAAAUCCAUAGACAUGUAAUACCUGUAAGAUAAUCUUCUGCAAGCACUUUAUCUAAAACCAGCUGAUAUAGAAAAAUACUUGUCCCACAUCUUAUCAGCCAAAUCCAACUUACUCUAAAUUACCUAGAAAUUUGAUGCUACUUCUAAGAAAAUUCAAGAUCUUCUGCAAAAAUAAGGAAGAUGGCUGCAAUGA